AUGAGUGGCUGUUUUGCAGAGAAGUCAAUCUUGACCUUGGCCAUUGGAAACUUGAGGAGAAGUCUAUUCUAUGAAGUGAAAGCAAAUGGAGAGUUUGAUUUUAUUCUAGAUCUAAACUAUCCACCUCUGGAUAAUAUUUGCCAAAUCUCAGGACUUCAAAGCCCACCUAUUGUACAGAGAAUCAUGUGUUUUCAGAAUCUCGGCCCAGAAGGAGGAAGAACAGCAGAGCCUGUGUUCUACGUUGCAGAUGAUGUUGUUCUUCUUAGAGGGAAGACAGCAAGUAAGAAGUUUGAUGGAGGAGUUCUCAGUGCUUUUCUGCAAGGGGUGUGCCCCCUGGAAGGGCCUUCUGCUCACAGUUUUGGUACUGAAGUCUCCCUUUUAACCUCCUGGCACCUGUCCACCACUGUCCAUAUAACUACUGACUCAGUGACAACCCGAGUGGUGGAAGGAGAAAACGUCCUUUUCCUUGUGCAUGAUCUGCCAGUUAAAACUAAAUCCUUAGUCUGGUUCAAAGCUCUAAGAAAUAUGACAGAAGAAAUUGCAGCAUAUGCACUGCCCUACAAUUUAAGUAGGCCAGGUCCUCUGUACAGUGGUCGAGAGACAAUAUAUCACAAUGGAUCCCUGAUGAUAGAAAAUGUCACCCUCAAGGACACAGGAUUCUAUAUCCUACGAACCUAUAACAGACGUAAAAAAAUCAUAUCAACAACAACCAUGUACCUCCAAGUGAAUGCCUUCCUUUGGAAUUGUGGACGUCUCGCUACCUCUGGCCAGCCCACUAUUGAAUCGGUGCCAUCCAUUGUUGUUGAAGGAGAAAGUGUUCUUCUAAUUGUUCACAAUCCCCCAGAGAAUAUUAAAGUAUUUGCUUGGUUCAAAGGAAUGGUUGUGUUUAAGAGCCAGGAAGUUGCCCGAUACACAAUAGAGAAGAAAUCAACAGUAUGGGGGCCUGCACAUAGUGGCAGAGAGACACUGUACAAGGAUGGAUCCCUGUUGCUUCAAGGUGUAACUCAAAAAGACGCUGGGUUUUAUACUCUAGCUAUUCUGAGAACGGAUAUGAGAAGUGAAGAAGCACAUGUGCAACUCCAGGUGAACCCCUCACCUUCUCUGUGUUGCAACCCUCCCACUCCUUUCCCAGUCAUGAUCCAACCAUUGCCUCAGUAUGCUGUUGAAGGGAAUGAUGUACUUCUUAAUGUUCAUAAUCUUCCAGAAGAUCUACAAGCCUUUGCCUGGUACAAAUCAAUGUAUAGAGGCCAUGCCCUUAAAAUUGUAGAAUACAGCACAAUCAUGUAUUCUCUCUCCUGGGAGCCUGAAUAUAACCCAAGAGGGAUAGUGUAUGAAGAUGGAUCCCUGAGGCUCAUGAAUGUCACUGAAGAAGAUGCAGGAAUGUAUGCACUAGUAAUUUUAAACAAAGAUUUCAAAAUAGAAGAAGCCUAUGUGAAAUUUCAUGUAAACAAAUAUGUGACACAGCCCUAUGUACAAAUCUCUGAUACCACAGUCGCAGGACAAAGAUCUGUGAUCUUCACCUGCAUUUCACCUGACACUAAUAUCUCUAUCCGUUGGAUCUUCAAUAAGAAGAGUUUGCAACUCAAAGAGAGGAUGACUUUGUCCCCAACAAAGUGUGGACUCAAAAUAGAUCCUGUCAAGGGCGAGGAUGCUGGAGAGUAUCAGUGUGAGGUCUCCAACCGAGUCAGUUCGAAGAUCAGUCUCCCAGUGAGCCUGGCCGUCAGGAAUGAGUGACCACACCUCUCAACCUACUGCAGAG